UUAGGGUUUUAGCACUGAUUGAUAUUUCACACCAUCUCUUUUCUCUGUGUGACACAUGCACUUGCUUGCUGUUGGAAACAAUGGCGCUGUUCCUUCUGUACGAGUCAGCGUCGGGUUACGCUCUGCUGGAAGCUCACGGCGUCGAUGAAAUCGGCCAGAACACCGAAGCCGUUCGCAACUCCGUCUCCGAUUUGAACCGCUUCGGCAAAGUCGUCAAGCUCCGCUCCUUCAACCCCUUCACCUCCGCCCUCGAUGCCCUCAAACAGUGCAACGCCGUCUCCGAAGGUUUAUUGACUGAUGAGUUGAGAACUGUACUGGAAACUAACUUACCGAAAGUAAAGGAAGGGAAGAAGUCGAAGUUUAGUUUAGGUGUAUCGGAUCCUAAGAUUGGUUCCCAGAUAUCUGAAGUGACUAAAAUCCCUUGCCAAUGUAAUGAGUUUGUGAGCGAGCUGCUCCGCGGUGUGCGGCUCCAUUUCGAUAGGUUUGUCAACGAUCUCAAGGCGGGGGAUUUAGAAAAGGCGCAACUUGGUCUCGGGCAUAGUUACAGCAGAGCUAAGGUGAAGUUUAAUGUUAAUCGAGUUGACAACAUGGUCAUUCAAGCAAUCUUUCUUCUUGAUACCCUUGAUAAGGAUGUUAAUUCGUUCUCCAUGAGAGUCAGGGAGUGGUAUUCGUGGCAUUUUCCGGAAUUAGUGAAGAUUGUAAAUGAUAAUUAUCUGUACGCUAAAGUUGCAAAAUUUAUUGAGGAUAAAUCAAAGUUAUCUGAGGACAAUAUUUCAGACUUAACUGACAUAGUUGGGGAUGAAGAUAAAGCAAAGGAGAUCGUGGAAGCUGCUAAGGCGUCCAUGGGGCAGGACUUGUCCCCAAUAGACUUGAUUAAUGUCCAACAGUUUGCUCAAAGGGAGGACCUAUCUGAGUACAGGCGGAAACUAUAUGAUUAUCUGGUUGCUAAAAUGAGUGACAUUGCACCAAAUUUGGCCUCUUUGAUUGGUGAAGUUGUUGGUGCGCGGUUAAUUUCCCAUGCUGGUAGCCUCACAAAUUUGGCCAAAUGCCCCUCUUCUACCCUCCAAAUUCUUGGCGCAGAGAAGGCUUUGUUCAGGGCAUUAAAAACAAAAGGAAACACUCCCAAAUAUGGUCUGAUAUUCCACUCUUCUUUUAUUGGUCGAGCAUCUGCCAAAAAUAAGGGCCGAAUGGCUCGUUAUCUUGCAAACAAAUGUUCAAUUGCAUCACGGAUUGACUGCUUCUCUGAAAGUGGCACUACUGCAUUUGGGGAGAAACUUCGUGAGCAAGUUGAGGAGCGACUUGACUUUUAUGACAAGGGGGUAGCCCCUCGUAAGAACAUAGACGUCAUGAAGUCUGCUAUUGAAAGUGUUGAAAACAGAGAGAUGGAAACAGAAGAAGUGCCGGUUGAUGCUUCAGGCAAGAAAGCCAAGAAGAAAAAUAAAGCUGCUGCUACAACUGAUGGUGAUGACAUGGCUGUAGAUAAGGCCCCAGAAACUACAAAUGGUGACGCAUCAGAGGAUCAUAAGUCAGAAAAGAAGAAGAAAAAGAAAGAAAAGAGGAAAUUGGACCAGGAGGUGGAGCUUCAUGAUCAGACUGCAGAUGAUGGUACAAAUGGAGUUGCAAGUGAGAAAGAUGGAGCAGUUAAAAAGAAGAAAAAGAAUAAGAGGGAUGAUAAUGGGGAAGUAUUGGAGGCUGCUGAUGAGUCUAAGAAGAAGAAAAAGAAUUCAAAAAGCAAAGGUACUGAGUAAACCAUGAAUUGCUGGUUUAACUGUUGAAAUCGUGUUAGAUAUGUAAUUGUUAUGGAUGAUGUUAAAGUUUCUUCUGCUUUCAAACUUCUGUUGCAAUUGUCUUUGACUUCUUUACAUAUUAUAAAAUUUUUGUCGUAGCAAGUUUUGGCAUCA